GGUGCGCUUUCCUUCGGAACUUCUUUGUUUUUCCAUCUCUCGCCCGCUGCCCGUGAUCUCUAUCAUACACGGUGGCUGGCUGCAAUUUUUAAAAACAUUUUUAUGAUGGCGGAGGACAGUGAAUCUGCGGCCAGUCAGCAGAGCCUGGAGCUAGACGACCAGGAUACCUGUGGGAUAGACGGCGACAACGAAGAGGAGAAUGAGCAUUUGCAAGGGAGUCCAGGGGGAGAUUUGGGGGCCAAGAGGAAGAAGAAGAAGCAGAAGAGGAAGAAAGAGAAGCCAAGCUCGGGGGGAGCCAAGUCUGAUUCUGCAUCUGACUCUCAGGAGAUAAAGAAUCCUGGUUUGCCCAUUCAGAAGCUGCAGGACAUCCAAAGAGCCAUGGAGCUGCUGUCCUGCCAGGGUCCAGCAAAGAGCAUUGAUGAUGCAUCCAAGCACAAGUACCAGUUCUGGGACACCCAGCCUGUGCCAAAGCUAAAUGAGGUGGUGACGAGUCACGGGCCGAUAGAAGCUGACAAAGAAAACAUUAGACAGGAGCCAUAUUCCUUACCUCAAGGCUUUAUGUGGGACACUCUGGAUCUCAGCAAUGCAGAUGUACUGAAGGAGUUGUACACAUUGUUAAAUGAAAACUAUGUGGAGGAUGAUGACAACAUGUUCAGAUUUGAUUAUUCACCAAACUUUCUCAAAUGGGCUCUGCGUCCCCCUGGUUGGUUACCACAGUGGCAUUGUGGAGUGAGAGUGUCCUCAAAUAAGAAGCUUGUUGGCUUCAUCAGUGCCAUCCCUGCAGAUAUACGCAUCUAUGACACACUGAAGAGAAUGGUUGAAAUCAACUUCCUGUGCGUCCAUAAGAAGCUGCGCUCAAAGCGUGUUGCUCCAGUGCUCAUCAGAGAGAUCACACGGAGGGUGAACAUAGAAGGAAUAUUCCAGGCAGUAUACACAGCAGGAGUGGUACUGCCUAAACCUGUGUCCACAUGCAGGUACUGGCAUCGUUCUUUGAACCCCAGGAAGCUUGUGGAAGUGAAGUUCUCCCACCUGAGCCGAAACAUGACUCUGCAAAGAACCAUGAAGCUCUACAGACUACCAGAUAGCACCAAGACCCCAGGUCUGCGGCCGAUGGAGAGGCGUGACAUCCCCCAAGUCACUGAGCUGCUACAGAAAUUCCUUAAACGCUUCCAGCUUGCUCCUUCUAUGGGAGAAGAAGAGGUGUCUCACUGGUUCUUGCCGCAGGACAACAUCAUUGACACAUUUGUAGUAGAGGGUGCUGGUGGUGUACUGACAGACUUCACUAGUUUCUACACUCUGCCCUCGACCGUGAUGCAUCACCCUCUACAUAGGAGCCUGAAGGCUGCUUACUCUUUUUACAACGUUCAUACACAAACCCCACUACUGGACUUAAUGAAUGAUGCUCUGAUCCUGGCCAAGCUGAAAGGGUUUGAUGUGUUCAAUGCCCUGGAUCUAAUGGAGAAUAAGGUGUUCCUGGAAAAGCUCAAGUUUGGCAUAGGAGAUGGAAAUCUGCAGUAUUACCUCUACAACUGGAAAUGUCCCCCUAUGGACCCUGAUAAGGUUGGCCUCGUUCUUCAGUAGUACGUCUCUUCCUGGCUGCUACACAAACACUGAUGAAGAGGUUUGUUAGUGACCUCUAGCUGAACCUAACCUGGACAUGCAGGUAGCUCAAGCUAGACAAUGAGAACUACAACUGUAAAACCAACCUGGAGAACGGAAGACGGUUAAAAAAACCCUUCUGCGUUCACCUGGAGGUGAACACUCUUUAAAUCAUCAACAUCCUGAAUGUGAAGUCAUGCUAUGCCUGAGAAACUCAUACAGUACAACGCUCCUGACAUGCACACUCACAUUUAAAACAUACAGAGGAUGCCUUGACAUUGUGAAUUUUGUUUUCCUCAGCAGAAACUUCGUUACCAUGGACUGGCAUGUCUUUUUAUUUCACUGACAUUGAAAUAUGUAAAUGAUUAUCAACAAAGUAAACAUGACCACAAUACAAAACGAUAAGUUAUUGUGUCCCCACUGAGGGGUGUUCAAGACAUUAACGAGUUAUUAUCCAUCUUUGUGGUCAGAAGUUUAUCUGCUGGCUGUUUUGGGCGACAGUAGAAUUAGAAAUACUAAGAACAUGUUUCUGUGAUAGCUGACUUAUAGAAGAAAAAACUCUUUUCCUCAAGCAUUUAAAAAAAAUAUCUCAACUGUCAAACAACACACAUACACACAAAGGAUAUCUUCGUGAAAGGACUCAUUCAACUGGUGCAUUUAUAUACAUGUCCUUUUUUUGUUUAAAAAUAUAGUUACAUUUAAAGCCAGAUCAUAUUUAUUCCUGUAGUUUGAGUUUUGGGGUUUGGGAGGGCUGAUCCAAAGUGUUCUCCUCUUAGGUAGUUUAGAUGUCACUGAGUUUGUUCAAACAACGUUGGUUUAAAGUGGUUUUUGAUGAAGAAUGUAUUGCAUCAAUGAAGCACAAUUUUUGAGUUCCUAAAAAGAAAAAGAGCCCUUUUUUUUUUUUUUUUUAAAGGGUCAGAUUUCAAACCAGAUGUGUUGCGGUACAAACUGUAGAACCUUGGUUUUUACGAGGGAUGUGAGCCGUUUCUUGUUAUAAACCAGCUUCUGGACUGGAUUUUUAAUAAAACACAUUAACUGAUACGCUCAUUCGGCAUAGGGUUUUACCUGCAUGUGAAUUAUAUGUUCAGUUAAAAAGAAAGCAAAUGUUACUGAGCCCAAAAAAAAGGACGACAUGCUGAGUGCACAAGCAGGGCCGAGAAACAAAACCAAUUAAACUCUAACCAGAGUGGACUCACCCUGAUUCAGAUUUAAUCCAAAAAUAGCCUGUUAUUGUCCAGAGAUACUUAUAACUCUGGCCUACCUACUUAGAAAAUGGUUCCCAGUUAAGUGUUAUUGAAAGCCAAGGUUAGUUUUCUUUUGUUAAUUUAGUCAUUGCAACUCACAGAGAAAAUACUUCUUACUUUCAGCUGCCUUUUGCAAGCUGGUGAGUAAGUAAUGCAGCUGAUUGUCCAGAAGUACAACACUUAAACAUGUCUGUUAACCCAGAAAUAACCAUCAAUUCCUUCACCUGAAGUCAGUUAAAUAUAACAAAGAGAACUGAUCACAGCAUUUAAAAUAUCUGGGGAAUAAAAUAUCAAAUGGCAUGUUUUCGGAGCACAGUUGCUAAAUAUCAAAAGCCUGUGUCAAUUACCGCAUCGAUUUAAAAUUUGAAUUUCUCCUGUUUUCCAGGUUGUUGUUUUUUUAAAUGGUACUGUUUUUGUGCGUCUGAAAUAUACUGUUGGUCAGUUUUUUUUGUGUUGUGCAGCUAAAUGAAAAUUAUUUGAACAGUUUUUGUAUUUAUAAUUGUACUUUGCAACAUGUCUUAAGACAAUUCCUGUUUUUUUCCCCAAAAUUAUUCAGUGAAAUAGGAAACUUUGAAACAGAUUUUUGAGGGUUUGGAGUAUUAUGUGUUGCCCUGUGCUUGACUGAGCGAUGGAGAUCUUUGAUGAAAAACGGUUAGCACUUGUUCUGGGCUGCAGCUGCUGUGGUAUUCAAAGGUUAACAUGUUUUUUUAAUUUUUGUAUUGUCUUCUUGCUCUGUUACUUUGUGUUUGAUGCUCCUGUUCACGUGGCUCUGCAAAACACGAGAGGUAAAGGCUGCUGCCAUCUUUGUUCUGUAUGUGAUGUAAUUUUCUUCUCAUUUCUUUAUAUAUUAGCAAGAAAGGGACAACCAAUGGACAGUCAGCGCUUCAGGGCUCGAAGAUGUUUUUUUUUUAACAUUUGAAAGUUUAAAUGAGUUGACAAAGACAGAUGUUGUCGGCAUUAAUUUAACACUGAGUCAACGGCGUGCCUCAUGGAUGUUGGUCGUGUCACAGAUGUGUUGCCUGCAGCUGUUUGAAUGAACUUUGAGCAUGUCAGUUUUGCUGCUGUGAUUUUUAGCGUUGAUGUUACUAGCCACGCCCUUUAGUGAGAACUCAACCAGAAGUACCUGCCUUAUUUAAAGAUGUUUUGUUUUUUAAAUUAAGAAUCCUGGGUGGGGGUACUUUUGAAAUGACAUACAGCUUUCUCUAACUGAAGAACAAUAUUUUUUAUUCAAAUCCAUUGUAAGCUGUGAAAAAGCUGAAGAACCUUUACCAGCAUCAUUUAAGACAUGAUCCCCAUGCAAAUAACAAUCUGUUUCAACACACGUCGGCUAUACCAGCAUGGAUAUUUGAUUGAAUAAACUCACUGUAAAAAGGGA